CAAUGCAUGGCAAAACGUUUUGAUGGCUCCCAGCAAGCACUGGACUUAAACAACAUCCGAACAGACCCUGACCUGGUUUCCCAGAACAUUGAAGUUAUCUUGAAUAGGAAGACGAACAUGGAAGCUGUCAUCAAUAUCAUUAAAGAAAACAUCCCGGAGCUGACGGGCUUGAACCUGAGUAACAACCGUAUUCAAAAACUGGAUGAACUCACAGAUUUGGUUUCCAAGGCACCUAAUCUGAAGACCCUCAACCUUUCCCACAAUGAGCUGAAGACAGACCGGGAGCUGGACAAGGUGAAAGGCUUGAAGCUGGUGGAGCUGUGGCUUAACAGGAACCCUCUGUGCGACUUCUUCAAGGAUCAGGCCUCAUACAUUAGUGCUGUGCGGCAGAGGUUUCCCCGGCUUCUCAAACUCGAUGGUCAUGACCUCCCUGCUCCCAUUGGAUUUGAUGUGGAAACCCCCACAACGAUCCCCCCCUGCAAGGGCAGCUGUUUUGGCUCUGAUGAUAUCAAGGUCCUCAUCCUUCGCUUCUUGCAACAGUACUACAGUAUAUACGACUCCGGGGACAGACAGUCACUCUUGGAUGCCUACCAUGAUGGAGCAUCGUUAUCCCUGACAACACCGUACUCCACCCAGAACCCCUCCAGGAGCAGCCUUGGGGAGUAUCACAAAGACACACGAAACCUGAAGAGGAUCAAAGACACCACGGUUCGGUUUCGACUUCUGAAGCAUACACGGCUGAACGUGGUGGCUUUCCUCAACGAGUUGCCCAAAACUCAGCACGACAUUGCCUCUUUUAAUGUCGACGUAAACACCUUCACGAACACACUAUUAUCAUUCACAGUGAGCGGAGUCUUCAAAGAAGUUGCUGUUGAUGGUAAAUCCCGAGAGUCGACAAUGGCUUUCUCCCGGGUUUUCGUCACAGUCCCAGCAGGGAAUAACGGUCUUUGCAUCGUGAACGACCAGAUGUUCAUCCGGAUGGCCACAACAGAGGAGAUCCGGAGAGCCUUCGUCGCCCCCGCUCCCACUCCCUCGUCCAGCCCUGUGCCCAUCCUCACUGCACCGCACCAGGAGAUGCUCACAGCCUUCUCGCAGAAGUCUGGCAUGAACCUGGAAUGGUCCCAAAAGUGUCUGCAAGACAAUAACUGGAAUUUCGACGUAGCUGGGCAGGUUUUCACUCAGUUAAAGGCGGAUGGCAAGAUCCCUGAUGUUGCGUUCAUAAAAUAAAGAGUUGAAUCAUAGUCCUGUGAAAUAAAAUCUGCAGUAAUUUUAUUUAUGGCUUUUCUUAUAUCCUUUACAUCUCCCCGUUAUUUUCAACAUUUUGAAGAUCAAGUUUACUGUUUUGUUUUAACAGCCAAUUGUUUGACCGAAGGACUGAUUUUAAGAUACCAUUCUUGGUUGUCAUUGUUUUUGGUCAUUUGUAUAGAAAUCACUACAUGUGUUCAUAGGAAUAAAGUCUUGGCGAGUGAUUUAACUUUUGUUCAUGUUUUGUUGUAUUAUGUUUAACAAUAAUAAAAUAUUUUGUUACACAA